CUCUUUCGCGGGAAGCUCGCUGGGCGAAAGGGCGCUGCUGCGGGGGACUUUAUUGUUUUUGGAAGAGGCGAGGAGUGGAGCUCGCUGCUUCGACGGGGGCGAUCGGGGAGCCUCGGCGGCGGCGUUGUCAAUAUCAGUAGCAAUAAUAGUCAUAAUAAUAAUAAUAGCAGUGGUGGUGGACGAUCUGGGCAAGGAGGAAGGAGUCGCUGCCCCAGGCAUGAGGUUGUCCGGGCCCCACGCCGCCGCUGCCACCCCCAGAAGCCACCGAUCCUCUGUGGGAACCCGGUAGUCUCCUCCCACCCCACUCCAGCCCAGCUCUUGGGGCCCCCUCUGGAUGCGGCUGAGCCUGGGAGCUGCCCGCUCCGUCCGGCUGCCGCGAGCCCCGCCGAGCUUUGGAUGAUGACGAUGAACUCUCUGGCCGAGAGCUUGCUGGGCCCUCCGGACCCGUCCAAGGCGUCCUUCCUGGACUUCGGGCUCGGCCCCCCACCUCCCUCUCCGCCUCUCCAUCACCAGCAACAGCAGCAACAGCAAUCCGGCUUGGCGCCCCCUUACUCUCUACAAGCGCUGCAGCCGCCGCCGCCGCACGACGGUGGUGGGGGCGGCGCCUUCCCCCCUGGCGCAGCCUCGUACGGCAGACCCCUGGCUUACGCCCCCUACCCCGGGGCAGCAGGCAGCAGCCCCCACCACGCUUUCUACCACCACCACCACCACCACCACGGCGCCUCGUACUCGCCUUACCAGCAGACCUCCAGCGCCCUGGGACACGGGACGAGGCUGGAGGAGACGGACCUUGAGAAAUCGACCAUCAUUGAGAACGGCGAAAUCCGCAUCAAUGGCAAAGGCAAGAAGAUCCGCAAGCCUCGCACCAUCUACUCGAGUCUCCAGCUCCAGGCCCUCAACCAGCGCUUCCAGCAAACCCAGUACCUGGCGUUACCCGAGCGAGCAGAGCUAGCAGCGCAGUUGGGCUUGACCCAAACCCAGGUGAAGAUCUGGUUCCAGAACAAGCGUUCCAAGUUCAAAAAGAUUAUGAAGCAGGGCUCCAGUAUCCAAGAUGAUCACCUCCACAGUUCCUCGUCUUUGUCCCCUUGCUCCCCCAACAUCCCCCCACUCUGGGACAUCCCUAUGGCAUGCAAAGGCCCUCCCCUGCCUCCCAGCAGCUACAUCAACAGUUUUGGACCUUGGUACCACCAACCGCAGCACCAAGACGCCAUGGGGAGGCCUCCGGUGAUGUGACAAAGGGGGCGUUGGGAGUGUCAGCCCAUCCUCGACGUGUCUUUUCCUCCACAGUGCUGAUCAGGGUCCUCGGAACAGGCGAAUGGAGGGCGUGGAGUUUGGAGGGAGAAAGUUGGCUUCUUUGAAGGAAUCACCAGCACUUUUCUCUUGGUGAGAACAUACCUGGCGGGAGAUGGACUUCGAACGGACAUGUCCCCAGGGACCAAAUCUAACAACGACGAUGGCAGGUUGUGUGAGGCAAAGUUAGGGAAAGAACCCCCCCCCAGCUCCGAAACAUGAAUGGAAGGUCAGGAUCCCAUUUUAAUCGGCGUCUCUUCGUCAGGGAUUUUACAAGAGAGGUGCUUGUGUGUUUUUCGUUCCAAAGAUAGGCUCAAGCGUGACAUGGACCAUCAGAUCUAUUUGUGUUAGUAAGAUGUGAGGUUUUGCCAUACUUCCCCCCUCUCAUCCGGCAAGGCUUCUGUGCCUUAAGCAGUAUUGAUGGAAGACAGCAAAUAAACAGGUGCAGUGACGGGGAGGGCUUUAUCUGUUGUAUUUCCGCCUUGUCCUGCAGAGGCUCAAGGCACAGAGGCAUUGCCAUCUUUAUGUCUUCUUCUUCUUCUUCUUCUUCUUCUUCUUCUUCUUCUUCUUCUUCUUCUUCUUCUUCUUCUUCUUCGGCAAUCCUAGUUAGUGUAGCAAGGUUUUGAGCUGCACAGAGAUCUACUCCAGGCAAGGACCUGAGAGAAGGAAUGAUUAACUGGUGAAACAGGCAAGAAAGCAGAGUUUGGAGAGUUCUUUUUAUUUAAGGGACUAUAGGUCUAAAAAGGAAGUGAUUUCAGUUCGGGUUCUUCCCUUUACAAAACAAACUAGUUCAGUUCACAGUUCAAUUCAAGUCCGUCCAAAUCCUCAACAACAACAACAACAACAACAACAACAACACACCAAAAUAAACCUAUUCAGAAUGUUACAAGCUGCUGUGCUGGAGUACCUGUAGAAUAUACUUAAGACUAAGAAAAUGUCAACGCACAUGCACACACCGAGAGUGGAAUGAGAAUGGUUUCAUUUAUUUCCCCCCAAAUAUUAUGUUCUAUAAACUUAAAGGCCCAAGGAGUCUAAAAUAUAAAAAAAUAAAAAUAAAAAGAGAAUGAACUAGAAAUCAUUCAAAGCUCUACUCCAAAACAAACUUGAUUUUAGUUUACCUGUCAGUUAUAGGAAUGGCUUUCAGGUUCAGAGAUUUAGGAACCAAUUCAGUGAACAUUAUGAAAUCAAAACAGUUCACUCCAAAAGCCCUGUAGGAAAGAGAGCCUAAAUAUUGGCAUAAUUUCAUAAUGGGGAGGGGGGGCCAAGUAUACCAACAACAACCAAACCGUUUAUUGUGAGGACCAUGCCUGUACACAAAUAUCAACACAACAAUAAUUAAAAAUGUUAAAAUUCAUUACAUACUAUCCCAACAAAACCUUCAUCCCACAAAACAGGAAGAGAAGGAAAACAAGCAACGAGUUAAACAGCCGAUGAAGGGGUCUUUACUUUAUCAUCUAUAAAUCUUUCCCUGGCUUUCAUGGCCUUCAUCACAAAGACCGCUACCACAUGGGUAAUUCGUGGGUUAGCAUCAACUAACAAAAUUUUUACUCUAUCUUCAGGAUUGAUUAUAGAGUUGGGUAUAGUUUGUGUCUCUAAAGCCCGAGUAAAUGGGGCAAUAGAGAAGGUAAUGUAUAAGAUCCUCUUUAAUUUUCAUGAAGCAAGGGCAUAAACUGUGUUCUGCUGGGAUUUUUGUAAAUCUACCGGUCAGGUAUGCAGUUGGCAAUGUUUGAAACCGGGCCAUGGUUUGAAACAAGCCAAGGAUACAAGUUAGGCUGGAUAUUCUCAUGGGGUUAAAACUGGCAAGAACUUUUACCCAUCAAAAUUGGUUCAAUUCACCUUCUACCUGCAAAAGGAAUUGGUGAUAGUUCUAGGUAGCCAAUCCCCAUAUACCGUAGCUGCAAUUUGCUAAAAGCAGGGGGGAAAUAUAUAUAUUUUUUAAAAUAUCCAACUGCUUUCUUCAAAGCCAAAUUUGCUUCCAUGUCUGUCUGUACUAAAAUAUUUUUUCAUUAAAAAUUGUGCUAAAGCCAGGAUUAUGUUUACAGUCAAUGAAACGUUUGUGGAAUGUAAUCUCCAUAUCCUCUUCCCACUCCCAUAUUUUUUUUAAAAAAGAAAAAAGGAUCUUUCAUAUUUGUUUCAGCUACAACAUGAAGUCUCUCUCUCCCCCCCCCCCACCUCCAGCAAAUAACUGGAGGCUAUUUAACUAAACCAUUAAAAGGAAAAAGGAAAAACUAAUUUAACU